CGCCAUGAACGGACAGCUCAACGGCUUCCAUGAGGCGUUCAUUGAGGAGGGGACGUUCCUCUUCACCUCCGAGUCCGUGGGGGAAGGUCACCCAGAUAAGAUCUGUGACCAGAUCAGUGAUGCUGUUCUUGAUGCACACCUUCAGCAGGACCCCGACGCCAAAGUGGCUUGUGAAACUGUUGCUAAAACUGGAAUGAUCCUUCUUGCUGGGGAAAUUACAUCCAGAGCUGCCAUUGAUUACCAGAAAGUAGUUCGUGAAGCCAUUAAGCACAUUGGAUAUGAUGAUUCUUCCAAAGGGUUUGACUACAAGACUUGUAAUGUGUUGGUUGCCUUGGAACAACAGUCACCAGAUAUUGCCCAAGGUGUUCAUCUUGACCGGAAUGAGGAAGACAUUGGUGCAGGAGACCAGGGUUUGAUGUUCGGGUAUGCCACUGAUGAAACUGAAGAGUGUAUGCCUUUAACCAUUGUCUUAGCGCACAAGCUAAAUGCCAAACUGGCAGAACUACGCCGCAAUGGCACAUUGCCUUGGUUACGCCCAGAUUCUAAAACUCAAGUGACUGUGCAGUAUAUGCAAGAUCGAGGUGCUGUGCUUCCUAUCAGAGUCCAUACAAUUGUUAUAUCUGUGCAACAUGAUGAAGAAGUUUGUCUUGAUGAGAUGAGGGAUGCCCUAAAGGAGAAAGUGAUCAAAGCUGUUGUACCUGCAAAAUACCUUGAUGAGGAUACAAUUUACCACCUACAGCCAAGUGGCAGAUUUGUUAUUGGUGGGCCUCAGGGUGAUGCUGGUUUGACUGGCCGAAAAAUCAUUGUGGAUACUUACGGCGGUUGGGGAGCUCAUGGAGGAGGGGCCUUUUCAGGAAAGGAUUAUACCAAAGUGGACCGCUCAGCUGCUUAUGCUGCUCGUUGGGUAGCAAAAUCCCUUGUUAAAGGAGGUCUGUGCAGGAGGGUUCUUGUUCAGGUCUCUUAUGCUAUUGGAGUGUCUCAUCCAUUGUCGAUCUCCAUUUUCCAUUAUGGCACUUCUCAGAAGAGUGAGAGAGAGCUAUUAGAAAUUGUAAAGAAGAAUUUUGAUCUUCGCCCUGGGGUCAUUGUCAGGGAUCUGGAUCUGAAGAAGCCAAUUUAUCAGAGGACUGCAGCCUAUGGCCACUUUGGUAGGGACAGCUUCCCAUGGGAAGUGCCCAAAAAGCUUAAAUACUGAAAGUGUUAGCCUUUUUUCCCCAGACUUGUUGGCGUAGGCUACAGAGAAGCCUUCAAGCUCUGAGGGAAAGGGCCCUACUUCCUAAAAUUUUCUGUCCUCUUUCAGCUCCUGAUCAGUUGCAGUCACUCUAAUCAAUGACAUGAAUUUUA